CGACGCGACGCGGGCGGUGGCGGGGCUGCGUUUUGGCUGUGCGGCUGCCAGAUAGGAGCGGAGCCUCGGAGAAGGUGUCGCCGGGAAGCCGCGUCCGCGCUGCCGGCGCCGCCUCGCCGCGGUGGCCGUGAUGCCCUCCGCCCGCGGGUCCCCGCUCCCGGGAGCCCCGGCCGCCGAUUCGGACUUUGACGAGCAGGAGGGCUCUAAUGCCAGGAGGACUUCUGUAAUGGUGCAUGAGGACUGACUCCCAGAGCCUUGCCUGACCUCUGACCCGUCAGCAUGGGGAGGAUCGGCAUCUCCUGUCUUUUUCCUGCUUCCUGGCAUUUCAGUGUCUCUCCGGUGGGGUGUCCCCGAAUUCUGAACACCAGUUUACGCCAGAUUAUCGUUAUUAGCAUCCUGGCUGCUGCUGUUUCACUUCUAUACUUUUCUGUUGUCAUCAUCCGAAAUAAGUAUGGGCGGCUCUCCAAAGACAAGAAGUUUCAAAGGUACUUGGCACGAGUUACUGACAUUGAAGCUACAGACACCAAUAACCCCAACGUGAACUAUGGCAUCGUGGUGGACUGCGGUAGCAGCGGGUCUAGGAUAUUUGUCUAUUGCUGGCCAAGGCAUAAUGGCAAUCCUCAUGAUCUGUUGGAUAUCAGACAAAUGAGGGAUAAAAAUCGAAAACCUGUGGUUAUGAAAAUAAAACCCGGCAUUUCAGAGUUUGCUACCUCUCCAGAAAAAGUCAGUGAUUACAUUUCUCCACUCUUGAACUUUGCUGCAGAGCAUGUACCACGGGCAAAACACAAAGAGACCCCUCUCUACAUCCUCUGCACAGCUGGAAUGAGAAUCCUCCCCGAAAGUCAGCAGAAAGCCAUUCUGGAAGACCUUCUGACUGACAUCCCUGUGCACUUUGACUUUCUGUUUUCUGACUCUCAUGCAGAAGUAAUUUCAGGGAAACAAGAAGGUGUGUAUGCUUGGAUUGGCAUUAAUUUUGUCCUCGGACGAUUUGAGCAUAUUGAAGAUGAUGAUGAGGCAGUUGUGGAAGUUAACAUCCCUGGCAGCGAAAGCAGCGAAGCCAUUCUCCGUAAAAGAACAGCUGGUAUUCUCGACAUGGGAGGCGUGUCGACCCAGAUAGCAUACGAAGUUCCCAAAACUGUAAGCUUUGCCUCCUCACAGCAGGAAGAAGUAGCUAAAAAUUUAUUGGCUGAAUUUAACUUGGGAUGUGAUGUUCACCAAACUGAGCACGUGUACCGUGUCUACGUGGCCACGUUUCUUGGGUUUGGUGGCAAUGCUGCUCGACAGAGAUAUGAAGACAGAAUAUUUGCCAGCACAAUUCAGAAGAACAGGCUCCUGGGGAAACAGACUGGGCUGACUCCUGAUACUCCAUACCUGGACCCCUGCCUACCCCUGGACAUUAAAGAUGAAAUCCAGCAAAAUGGACAGACGUUGUACCUGCGGGGGACGGGAGACUUUGACCUGUGCCGAGACACCAUCCAGCCUUUCAUGAACAAAACAAAUGAGACGCAGACCUCCCUCAAUGGGGUCUACCAGCCCCCAAUUCACUUCCAGAACAGUGAAUUCUAUGGCUUUUCUGAGUUCUACUACUGCACUGAGGAUGUGUUACGGAUGGGGGGAGACUACAACGCUGCCGCGUUCACUAGAGCUGCGAAGGAUUAUUGUGCAACAAAGUGGUCGAUCUUGCGGGAACGCUUUGACCGAGGACUGUAUGCCUCUCACGCCGACCUCCACAGGCUCAAGUAUCAGUGCUUCAAAUCCGCCUGGAUGUUUGAGGUGUUCCACAGGGGCUUCUCAUUUCCCAUCAACUACAAAAAUUUAAAGACAGCCUUGCAAAUUUACGACAAGGAGGUUCAGUGGACCCUCGGAGCAAUCCUCUACAGGACCCGCUUUUUACCCUUGAGAGAUAUCCAGCAAGAGACCUUCCGGGCCAGCCACGCGCACUGGAGGGGCUUCUCCUUUGUGUACAAUCACUACCUGUUCUCGGGCUGCUUCCUGGUGGUCCUGCUCGCCAUCCUCCUCUACCUGCUGCGGCUGCGGCGCAUUCACAGGCGGGCCCCGCGCGGUGGCUCGGCUGCCACCAUCUGGCUGGAGGAAGGCCUUCCGUCCCAGAAGAUCGCUGGUACCUUAUGAACCAGAGUUCGAGCCCCUGAAAGACUCUAAAGGAAAAGCCAUUUUUGCCUCAGGUUUCGCCUCUUUAUUCUCAUUUGGUUUUGUUUUUCCUUUCCUUUUUCGUUCCUUGAGACAAAGCCAAAAUCAACUGUUCAUAAACUCUGCUGUCCUGGAAGUACCGCCUUUAGCUGUUCUGUGUACAGCUUUAAGUUGCGGAGUAGGGAAAAGGGAACAUCACUUCAUUUUUGCUGCAUAGGAUAUCUGCCAAAAAUUACUACGAUUUUUGGUUGUUCUUUAAGGUAUAUUCGAUUUUAAACAGAUGCAUUUUGAUAUUGGAGGGAAACGGCAGGUUGUUCUCUGUCAGAGGAGGUGGGACCGAGGGGUGAUGCUUUCACAGAACCAGAACACGUACUGACUGGACUGAUCAUCCCCUUUUUUCCUUUAUCUUGAAAGCGCUAACCUAAAGAGGGAGGUGUUUAGUUUUAUUUAUUGUCCAGGGCUGUUGCUGCUUGUUUUCUUUGCCAGUUUAAAAAAUCAAAACCAUUUAUAUCCAAAAUAGAGAGAGGUAUAGGCACCAGGAGGUAACAGUUUUUAAAAUUGAUGGUGAAGAGACCUGAAAAAUGUGAAAAGAUGACCGGAGUGCUGUGUGUGUGUGAGGGUGAGUGUGUGUGUAUGAGGGUGUGUGUGUGUGUGAGUGUGUGUGUGUGUGAGAGUGAGAGUGUGUGUAUGUAUGAGGGUGAGAGAUAGAGAGUGUGUGUGUGUGUGCGCGCGUGCGUAUGAAAACCACUGAUGGGAGAGAGUGAGGGAGUGCAGUGCUCUCACUUUUAAAAGCACACACUUCAGAAUGCACUGUUCCAUUUCAUUUAGAAAAAUCACUCCCUGUUACCGUUAUCUUUUCCUGACUACAGGUAGUUACUUUCUUCAUCUCAUCUUUCAGCGGCCUUAGGACACUAUGUUUUUGACUGAGUUGGAAAAUUCAUAGUUUCACUGGUUUUGCUGUUGUUGUUAGAACUGGUGCUGGUGCUUGUCAACAGGCAUGUCCUUACUUCUCAGUAGUUCGUUUGUGCUUGUUUAAUUGUGCUCCAGUUUCUUCCAUCUUCAAGUUGGUAUCUCCCCUGCCUUCGUAUUUCAGAGACUUAGCUUGACUGUUGUGGUUGAAGUGGUGCUGGCAGGGGCCCUGUAAAUCCAGACAGAGAAGAACUGAACACAGGAAAUCAACUCAGAUUUUGAAGAAAACAAGUUUGACAUUUUAAACAAAAACCUAAAAAGGACAACUGGAUUGGCAUGUAUGAGAUUAGUGGUUUUUUACCUACUCAUUUGGUUUAGAAGCUUUGGAAAUUCUCAUACAGUUUUUUAGGUGAUGUUCUUUUUUGUGCGUGUGUGUGUUUGCAUGUGUAUGUGUUUCUGAAGUUAAGGAACAACCUGUGUUUCUUAACUCCAGAACAGCUAUAUUCAUCUAGUUGGUAACAAAUGUAUAUUUUGAGAAUCAUUAGCUGCUUUUUUAAAAAAUGGCUGAUGAGAGAAAGAAUUCAGGUUCUGAAGCCCUUAUUUAAUUUAGAAAAGAUUUUUGGAUUUUCAUCUUGUCUGUUAAUUACUUAAAAAUGUGACAUAUAGUAUAUUGAUGACUUAAAAGAUUGCAGAUUUGUGAAAGAAAUGCAAAUCCUCUGGUUCUGCUCUUCAAAGUGAAUAUUCUAACAAUGCAAAAAUUAUUGGUAGAAAGUUUGCCUCUCAAAUAUAAAGAAGGUCGGAGGAGCUGUGUGGUGUUAUAGCAUCUGAUGUGUAGAGAGACUUAUUUCAGAGAGGAUGGAGACAGAUGUCUUACGAAAAAUCCAGGUUCUGAAAUGCUGGUCUCCAGCUCUUUAAGUCCUUGGUCCCUGGUAAACACCGUUCCUUUUCAAGAUGUAGCCACACUUGAGCUGCGUCAUGGGUACCCCAGGGGCAGAGUGAGCUGGUGUGCUUCUCCUUGACUUCUUAGAGGGGGUUUACCCUGUGGACUGUUGGUGGCAUUAGUGUUGAAGAAGAAGUAAGUUUACUUGUUAGCUUUUCUACCACCAGCCAUUUGCAGUAGUAAGGCCCUAACCUGCAGAAUGAAACUUUUCCAAUGUCUAGAAUAUGUGAUUUUGCCUUUCAAAUCAAGGCAAGGAUAAGCUAGCAUAAGCACAGAUUUAAAUAGGCCUAAAUUAAGACCUCCUAUGAUAAAUAGCCACUUUUUAAAUGAAGGAUGCUAAUCUGGUCCAGCUCUCUACUGUUUGGGGAGCACAGUAGAGACCAGCAUGGAGGAUCCAAGCCUGAGCUUCCGUCUGCAAGGACCUACCUCACUCACCAGAAGAAGUCCCCAAAUUAGAGUUCCAAGGCCCAGCAGCCUUGUACUUUGCACAGUUCGGUGCCGUGUCCGCUGCCAAAGAACUCCUGGAGCAGGCUUGGCAGACUCGCCCACAGGGAAAAUCUAGGAGACUCUUGAGCUAAGAAUGGUUUUUCAAUUUUUAAAAAGUCAUUAAAGGAAAAACACAUGACGAAUACACAACAGAGACUACAUGUGGCCUGUAGAACCUCAAAUAUUUACUAAGUGUCCCUUUACAGAAGACAUUUGCUGACCCUGCAGGACGGUCCCAUUCAAGAAUGGACGUACAGCCACAUCCUCUUCAUUCAGGAAGGCAGUUACCACGCAUGAGCACAAAAAGAGGGGCCAGAGAAGUGACCAGUUCAAUUUGAAAAUAGUUGUUUAUGCACCAGAAUUUCACUUAUCUUUUCUUCUAGAUUCUUUUCAAGGUGGGUUUUCUAAUAAGCCACAUAACAGACUCCUCCCUCCCCCUGGUCCAAAUUUAAAACGUGCUAUUGGGGAGGGCUCACUGUGUUGUGUUAAGAUGUCUGCCGUCUUGAGAAGGUCUCAGUAGCUUUUCCCUGCCCCAGGCGAGAAGAGGCCAGGAACCUUCUCUCAGCGCUGCAGGCCUGGGCUGGGGUGAGAGGCAAGCAUGGGAGGGGCUUAACUCAGGAAGCGAAGAAUGUCAAUUAAGGGCUGGCCAGUAAGGCAGUAAGCUCUGAACACGUCUAGCGAUAGAAAGCAAGAGAAAUUGGACUGGUGGGAACUUGCUAAAACCCUCGCAGAGAGAACAACGUUCUGUGUUAAUGCUUGAUUUUCCACAAGACUUCUGCAGUAAAUGCUUCGGUUCUAUCGUCAUAUCUGUGCUGCUCCUUUUUAAACCUCCAGAGGAUGUUCUCGAAGAUUUUACAAUCCGUUUGAGGACAUCACAGCAAAAGUACAAACAGACUGAUUUGUACCAGUGAUUUUUGCACAUUUUCACCCUAAACUGCUGGCUUUCUGCAGUGCUCCCCACCCCAGAGGCUGGGGAGACCUCUUGCUCUGCCGUUGUCACACCUGUGCGCCCAGGUGGGCAAGCUCUAGAUUACCCAGUGUUUAAAUUUGAAACUCAGGCCUACAUAGGAUACUUUUCCUCCUAAGAAGCAUGCACUACUUAGCAAGAAACUCAAAAAGGCAAAUGUGUUUUCCAAGCUUUUAAAAAAAUCAGCUUUAGCAUUUUGUGUGGUAACGUGCAGUGCAGCAAAACUACCUACGAGUAAAUUAUUUAUUUAUUUCUAUUUCAGGGUUUUGUUUUUUUCAUGGUUUUUAUGGAUUUUCCGCUUCCGUAAUGGAUGAUGUGACCAACCAAGGAGAAUUCUUUGUUCUGUUACUAAGAUUAUAUUUUAUGGUUAGGAGUUAUGCAAACUAAGGGAGCACCUUUGAAUGUUUCUUAUUUAAAUGAUGUUUUCCAUUCGAAGAAUAAUUAUCUUUGGGGGUUGUUGUGGUGUCUGUCACUUUCUGUAUCUGGCAACCUCACGUUGCUGCACUCCACAUGGACGGGUGUCGAGAAUAAAAGGAAAGUUUAUCCGGUG